AUGAUUAUUUCAUACCCAAAGACAUUUUUGGAUAUGGAACUUUAUAAUCAUUUAUAUGAAAAUUUAAAGGCCUGUUUCGUUGAGGAAUGGCCAAAGCAACCAAAUAACAUCACUGUACAGUUGGCAACCAUGUAUUUCAGAAACCACAAGUCCAAAGAGAUGAGAGAACACAUCGACUCCAUUAUAAAGAGCGGAGCAUUCUACGAGUGCUGUCAGAGAUUCGUCCGUGCAUUCUACGGUGCCUACUUUGCCUACCAUAACAUCCUCAACUGGUACUACACCACCAGCUUAGAGAAUUCCAUCUAUCAUUGUUUGGCAUACAGUUUAUUCCAUGUUGCCGAUUUAGUUAUUCUUUUCCUCUACCGUAGUCAGUCAUACGAUAUGUAUUUCCACCAUGUCUGUGUCUCUGGUUUCACUUUUAUCACAAUGCGUUACAUCAGAAAGGCUCAUUACCUUUUACAUAUUUGUUCAUCUUUUGAUUUGACUGUCGUCUUCAGUACUAUCAUUUUCCUCUGCAGAUCCUUCGGUCACACUUUAUUUUUAUUGGAUAUAGAAUGCCAUUCACCUGGUUUUUGGUUCUCAACUGUUGGAGAUUCGGAUAUGAUGCAUUGUUUUGUUCAAUGGGUCCAUUCUUCAUUAUUUUCUUGGACAUCAAGUGGACCAGAAGUUUGCUCAGAAUUACAAAGAAUACCUGGCAAGCUUUGCAAAAGACAAAGAAACUUUAAAAUAUUAUAUAAUUUUUAUAAAACAACUUCUUUGACAGUUAAAAUAAAUCAAAUUAAAUUAUUAUAA